UCUCUUUUCACGUGCUUCAUUGUAUUCUGUUUUUAUUCUCACAUUUAUUUUCUAAGUUAUUCGAUUUAUUUUGAUCUCUGCCUUUCCUUUCACUUCUCUUUGGCUUCUUCUUCCAGAUGUCCGGUAUGGUGCGAACUGGUGCCCCGAUCAUCUUGCCCCGUUCAGAGCUGACCCUCCACCGCGCUCCUCCCACGAGACCUGCGCGGACCCGAAGUCUAUCGCGCACGCCCCUCAAACCCGUCCACGAAGAAUGGUCGAGCGGGCGGACCCUUAGCAAUGCCACGCCCACCGCUUCCUUCACCUUAAAGGAGAGUCAGAGAUCCUCCUCCAGCACCUUCAGGAGGGCAGAGUACUCCCCCACCUCGACUAUGUCCUCCUCCUUCCACCACCACCAUCGCCACCACCGCCGUCGGGGCUCCGCCACUUCGAGGACGUCGUCGUCCUUGGCCCGCUCGCUCCGCACCCGCUCGCGCCCCUUCUACAGACAGGCCCGGACUCGCAUGCGAGCCGCCCGGCGGUGGGCGAGCCACUUCAGGAGGCGCGUCAAAGCGCGGGGCGGCGGUGUUGUUCCCCUCCUGACACCUGCCAGAUCUCGGCGCGGCGGUGGCGGCGGCGGGAGACAACCCGCGACUCUCUCUACCUCUGGGUGCCCUCCCUCGCCGAGACUCGCUGCCAGGAAUAGCCCCAGGGUCCUGGCCGCCAACAGGGCGGCGUCGGCGGCGCGAGAGGUGCGGUGGGAGGCCGCCAGUGGACUUGGGGCCUUGUUCGAGUGCGGAGCGGCGGCAGGUAGUGCGGCGGUGCGGUUGUGCACUGGGCUGGUCGCAAUGGCGGACGCCAGACUCCAGCAGCUGCGGCGGUCCAUCAGCUCCUGGAGUCUCUCCACCGUCAGGAAGCCCAAAAUCACCAUCCCCAAGCUUAGGACGCCUAGCCUCAACCUCUUCACGAGGCGCAAGCGAAACAGGGUGAAUCCUAAGGAUGAGGAAGCAGCUGCGGAAGAUGUAAAAUUAGCUCUGCUGAAGGUAGAUGGGAAACUAUCCCCUGGGGAAACAGAAGAUGGAGCCGACAAGGUAGGAGGUGGACGAGUUAUCCACGAACCCCAAAGAACCUCUGGGGAGACACAUCCCACGAUUGUUCUAACUGUUCACGAUCACUCUGGAACAACAGAUCCUCAACCCCCUUCUCCUAAUCCAGGACUUCUUGCGCCCAACGACGAUAUAGAAUACAUAGAUUCUGAUGAAGGCGAGGACGACAGGUUCAUCCGCGGGACGCUUGCCAGUGCCGACUACAGCGACCAGUGGUUUGACUGCAAAGGGACCCUGACCAGGUCUCGCGGUGAUCUGAGUAAAGUUGGUAUCGAUUAUGACGAAUGUCCUGAAAGCACCUAUUAUGAAGCUACUGACAUUGGAAGUAAGCAACGGGAAGACCACCUUCAAAAAGUGACGCCAAAAGAUAUCGAGGAUAAAAGUUUAGGGGCAGUUUUGAAAGUUGAUAAAAAAGAAAGGUCACCAGAGAAGAAUUUGCCAGCAGCAGCAGAAGAGAAGAAGGAUGUAGAUGUUCCUGUUGUAGAAACUGCAGACAGAUUUAAAGGAUCACACAAGGCUCGAGCUUGGGUUCAGAGCCUAGACAAAGACACUGAGCAGCGUGUGGAGAAAUGGAUAGAGUUGCAGAAAUCAAAGAACCCUUCAGACCUCCCAAAAAGUAAGUCAGAAAUACGAUUAGACAGCCUUGAUGAACCACCAGGAAAGUGGGCACGCAAUGAGAUCAAAUUAAAUGCACCUGUUGAUGAUGAAGCAGCAUAUGAGGAGUACCUGCGAACUUAUAACUCCAAAGUUGAGCAAAAAGGUGAUCCAGAAAAAGAGGAUGCUGCACGAAGGGAGAGUUUGAAGAGAGUCUUCCAAGUCCGGGGCAAGUUGUCAAAUAAAACAAUAAUUGAUUCACAGAGACCCUCUUAUAAGGACACGGAUAUUUAUAUUGCGUCCACUCCUUUUGCUCUUACAAAUUCCUCUUCAGGGCAGGAAGAUUCAGAUGGUGAAUCAGAAGAUGGCAUUAACUGUGCGUCAGUAGAUCUUGAACCAGCACUUGAAUUAAACAGAGGUAUAGCAGAGUCAGAAAAGGUCAAAUUGAAGUUACCCAAUUUAGCAGACAAAACUCUUACAUCUAAGAAUGAGAGUGCUAAAGCCAUAGUUCCGGAUAUUAUUAUCAAUGCUCCUGAUGUUGAGAGUGAUGAGGUAGAAGCUCCCAAGGAAGAGGAAACAUUAAAUACAAGUAUCUCUGAUGAUUAUCGUUACUCAAGUCCAAGUACAGAAAAUACAGAGAAUACUGCUGGAGAGAGCACUUUAUCAGAGGAAGUUAACAGAAGACCAGACAUUAGAGAAACUCCGAAUCAAGAGCCUGAAUUGUAUGAAAAUGAGGUGAUUAUAAACACAACAAAGGAAGAUGGCAAUGAUGUCACUUCAUCUGAUAAUGCAGAGGCUACUGAGAGAGAUGACAGUACCAAUGAUUUAAACACAACUGCUAGUGAAAUUGAUGUUCCCUCGGACCUCCAAAAGCCUGAUCGUAAGAAGAAGAAAAUAUCAGCACCAAGUAUUCCAAAAUCCAUUAAGAAUUUAGCCGGUUCUAUUUUUUCACAGCAGGCAGACACUAAACCAAGAAAAGAACAGUUACAAGAGAAGGCUUCUGAAAAACAGAAAAGGCGAAGCAGGUUGAGUCCAUUUAACAAAGAUUACCUGUUUAAGGGUUCAUCAAAAUCAAAAGCAAGAGAUGAUUCUCCCGAUAAGAGUACUGGAUAUGAGGAAUUGAAAAGUUCACCAAAAAUGUCAGGGAAAGGUCAUUCCAAUGCAAAGGAUCCUCCUUCCCCAGCUGCUAUAACAAACAAAACAAGUUCGUUAGUUACUCAAAGUGUGUCGUCAGUGCAGGAUGAAUCAAAGAAUAGUAAAACUGUUGGUGACAAGACUGUCACACCUGAAAUCCCAUCGUCUGACUCUAUGAAAUCUAUAGAUGAAGCAGGAAGAGGAUCCUCUGAGAGCUUGGAAUACAUCUCGCCAAUUGAUUCUGAUGAGCAAAAGUCAGUAUCACAUGAAUCAUCUCCAGGCGUUGGAAACCCAUUUGUGGAGGAAGAUGGUUUGCUAAUACGAAGAGAUGCACUACUUGCUGUCAAAAGAAUGGAAAAUGAUGAUACAUCAACACAUUAUUACAGUUUUUUAAGUGCCACUGAUGAUGCCCCGUUGGCAGCGAAAGAACCAGAGAGGCCAGCAGUUUCAGAAAAAAUAGAUAUCGUGCAGCCACUAAAAGAAAUUUCAGUGUUCCAUGAACCUCCACGCAAUACAGAAUCAACAAAAUUUGCUCCUGGUAAUGAUGACACACCUUCUGUGUCUAUUAGUGAUAAGUCAGCAAGCAAUGCAUGCAGUAGCAGUGAAAGCACACUGAAAAGUAGUAUUCAGAGUCAAGAAGCCAAUUGCGUUAUGAAUGCAUCUGGAAAAUCUACAUCCAAAAGUAUACCAACUCCAGAAAAGCCUCCAGUGAAAAUAUAUGAAGUUGAGGGCCAUUCACCACUGUGCAUUCCAUCACCAGUAGUGAAAGAACCAGUCCCCACAGAAGUAACAAAGUUGAGUUUACCAGCACACCUUCAGCAGGAAAGCCAAGAACCUCCCAAACCAAGUCCCAGAACAAAGAAAGGCAGGUAUGGAUAUUCCACUGGCUCUUCAACACCAACAACUCCCACUGCACCACUGAAUACAACCCCCAACAAAGAAGUGCCACCAAGUCAGGUUAGCUGUGUAACUCUAAAUAGUAAUGCAGGUGUUACAAAUAAUGCCAUAGUGUCUGAAAGUAAAACAGCAACCACCUUAUCUCAGGACAAAGGGUCAAGUGCUGCAACACACAAGGGUCAAACAGAGAGGAAUUCUUCAGACUCAGGUUAUGCAGGUCCAGGGAACAACUACUAUGAGUCUGAGCCUAUUUACUGGGAAAUUAGCGACACUAAAGACGCACUUCCCCGCCCAAGUCCUAGAGGGAAGAAAGGUCAGAGGACCCCGAGUGAGCAAUCUCUUGCUGCAGCACCUAUUUCUAAGCCUGUAACUUCAGCUGCACCAACACCUGUCUCUCCAUCUCCAACAACGGUAUCUAAGCCACAGGAGACACAUCCUGUUCCAGAAUGGAUAAAUAAACGUGCUCCAAUCCCUAGUCCACGCACAAAGAAGCAACGAUCUUUACAGUCCUUACCCACUGUAGUUCCACCAGAAGAGACAAUAGAAACAGUUAAAAAAAAACUUCAGUCACUGUCCAGUGUCCCAGUAUCCACCGCCCAGAUGAUGCAGCAGCCCCCAGCUAGGGCAAACAAAUACGAAGAGCAAUUUUAUAGUGGUAAAGCAGCAUCUAUAUCGUAUGGAUUUACUUCUAACAAUAGUCUUCCGUCACCACCAGUUCGGGGUAAGAAAGCCUCACAGGUUUCCUUGCCUGCAGCAGUAGCAGUAGAAGAGACAAUGAGCAGGCAACAGAAGCGUGCUUCACUACAUGAAUUUGGCUUGGCCCGAAACCACGAAAAGGGCACUGCACCACGUCCGCCUUCUGCCAGGAGGUCAAGGCGCAGGACUGAUCCCACUCUUGGAAUCUCUGAGUCUGCAAUUAAGUCAGCUGUGGAGCAAUUCGAUACAAAUCUCAUGAACCUGACAGACCUCCUGGUUGCCGUGGGAAUCGGUUCCACAUCCGGGCAGAAGACGGAAGAGCACCUAUGCGGAGUUCUCUACUCCGUCUACUCCCUAAUGGGAGCGACGGGGGGCGGAACAUGGACCGUUAGUAGCAGCAGCAGCAGCAGCAGUAGCAGUAACAAGGACCCGUCGUCGUCAGGCACGACGGGUCCAGGACCUGACAAGACUAAUACCGUGACUAUCGCCCAGGUCACGAAGGAACUCAGGGACGCCUACCAGGUGUCGCCCGAAGUCUUCAACAGAUUGGUCGAGCAGGCCAAGACGCGGCCCACUCCUGAGGUCCAACUCCACGUCAACGUGAAGGAAGCUAAGGACUUGCGACCAAAGACUGUCAAAGGCAAAACCAACUCUUACGCCACCGUGGUCAUCCCCAGCACAGGUGACACCCACCGGACGCGCCUUCAGAAGAACACUCUUGACCCUAUUUGGAAUCAAGACUUCGUCCUGAGAGUAAAUAAUUUACAAAAGGACGUCCUCAAAUUGGAGAUAUGGCACGAACACGACGCAGUCGGCGUUCAGCAGCUGACGGCCGUGAGGGACAUCAAGAGCUUCGGGCGUUUGGUCAAGGGCACCACGGAGCAGGCGAAGCAUCACGGUGCCCACAUGCUGGGGAAGGUCGUCCUCAACAUCAAGGGCAUGAGCGAGGGAGGCGCCGACGGGUGGUACCCUCUAGAGAAGGAUGGCGAGUUGACCAAGGACCGUGGCAGCGUCCGCCUCGAGGGGAAGGUCCUCUCCACGGCGGAACUUGACCACGAGGGGAGGAAGUCCUACGACGCCCUCCUGACCAGGCUCGUCCAUCACGAGAUCUUGCUUCCUUCCAUCAAUAAUGAGCUGCAGCAGGAAAAAAUUGGUACCAAGGAGAACCAGUGGACGGCCCCGUGGAAUGGCCGCUUGAGUCUGCCCUCCACAGCAGCCCUUGCCCAACACGCCAUCAUGCUGGGCAUCAACGAUGCCCAGCUCCAACUCUCCUGGUGGCUCGUGGGCAGCCGAGUGACCACCGUGGACGCCGGGUGGGCGCUGUCACAGCUCCACCGGGUGCAGUUGUCCUUGGCCAAAGGCCUUUACGAGGUCGAGGAACUGACGGAGCUGAGGUCCUCCUUCUCCUACUUCGUCAGGGCUCACGCCGAGCGCCUCAAGGACCUCCACACGGCCUUCCCCUCUUCCUCGGGCGUGCUUGCCCAGAGCCAGCUCACUUACACUCUCAAGGCCCUACACAGCUUGCAGACGCACGCGGCGUCGCGAGAACUUCUGGACCAAGAAAUGAUUCCUCACAUCCACGAGCUGGUCACUUCGAGUAUCAACACACACGCCAAGAAUUGGUGGACAUUAUUAGUAGAAGAACAACUCCGCGGCGUCAAAACAGCUGACGAGCAAAUCUCACGAGUCAUCAAGAUAGUGGACGAAGCUAAUGUCUUCUUGAAUCAAGCCACUAUUUUCUACAACGCCGUUUUCUUGAAAGAGAUGAACAUUCCUUACAUGCAGACGACCUACCUGAUGGUGAGCAAGAAGAUCAACCCUUGCGUGAGGCCGCUCCUCAUGAACAUCUACAAUAGGAUGCCCUCCAUCCAAGACCAGGAGGAGAAGGACGCCGAGUCCAACCUGCAGUACGGCCUCGAAGUGGGCACCUCCCUCUGGCAGCUCUACAGGAAUUUGGGGAGGCUUCACUCAUUGAGCGAGGGCCUGGCGCCAGAAGCGCGCUCGGAAUCAGGCGUGCGGGAGUACCACCGGUGGUUUUCCAGAGGCGUCAUGAGGUGGCUGGAGCUGGCCAUCUUCCGAGCGCAGGACAUGAUCAAGAAGGCCGUCGAGUUGGACAGCUUCGAGCCAGUCGACGACUUCUGCGAUUUCAGCUCGUCGGCGACCGACACCACGGGCAUAUUCCACGACGUUAAGAUUUGGUGGCUGAAGCUGAUGUGGCCAGACCCAGAGCACAGUGCUGUUCUCCUGGCAAAGAUUCUGGAGGACAUCUGCUCCUGCGCCACAACUUACUCGGACCUUCUGAGAGCCAAAGUUGAUAAAAUGUUCCACAGACAAGCGAGCACCGACCGCGUCUUCAUCACUCAGCAGAUCUGCGUCGGUCUGAAUAACAUCGAGAGAGUAAGGAGAGAACUGACGGGGCUACCAGGCCACUUUGGCUUUGAUGCCACUCUGGAGGAGAUCAGGAGAGCCAGCAACGGAGAGGGAGCCGCGUCGCAGCUGGAGGCGACGGUUGAGAGACUCAUCGUCAGUGCCACUGAAAACAUGGAGGCCAAAGUCAACGAGUUCAUCGAAGCUGUCAUAGCUAGGCUCAAACCAACGCUGGACAGAGCGCUGCAAGAAGCCUGCGAGAUCCAGAGCGAAGGUCCUCUCCUGGAACAGGUGCUGGAUCCAGCCAUCCAGCUCCUUCACAAUCACCUCCACACCUCGAACUUCCAGAGGUUCUUAUGGUACCUCUGGGAGGUUAUCAUUUCGCUGUUUAGUGAAACCGUGGACAGAAAUAUUGAGAGGAGGAAGGCUUCUUUCUUCAAAGGCGUCUAUGAUCUCUUAGAAGCCUCCCUCAAGUUCUUCAGCCCCGACGAAGGGAUUGGCCUUGACCCUGAAGAGGCCCGUACCAAGGAAUACGCCGAGUUGCUGGAUUUCCUUGACAGCCUACGGAUGUCGACGGAGUCUCUGAUUGCAAAGUAUUACCAAGAACGACACGAUGAGCAGAGUGAAGCGUCGAUGCCAACGAAAGCUCAACUAGUAGUCAAGAUGUUGUUCACCCGUCCCGGGAAGCUGCUGGUGGAGGUGAUCAUGGCUCGCGACAUGGUCACGGAGAGCGACAGCACCAGCAUCAGCUCGAGGGGCGGCGGACUCCACCACAACUUCCACAACCAACCGGUUGACUCCUACGUCAAGGUCCAGCUAGUUCCUCAGGAGUGGUUCCCCGCGGCCCAAGUCCGCAAGACGAAGACUCAACGAAAGGCCGACCCUGCCGUUUACGAGGAAACCUUUGAAUAUGAUAUGAGCAAAAACGACGACGGAGUUCGCGCUGGCUUACUCCUCUUCACCCUCAAAGACUACAACCUGGGGAGAUCGAACACCUUCAUUGGAGAAGCAGUGGUGCCUCUCUCUGACCUUCCUUGUGUCGACUCGUCACAGGUCCACACUGUCCCUAACACUUAUCUUAAGAUGACCAUUCCUGGUCUUGAUAUGGGUUACAAGUCCCUGCGAGCCCUCCAAAGACGCACCGGAGACAAAGUCGCCUCUUCCUUCCUGAAGAAGGUCUCCAAGCGUCUGCCGGAGACGAGGCUCAAAACUCCACAGAAACAGGACGACGAAAGAAGCAGACCGCGGAGUCCCAACUUAAUAGACAGAUUUAAAUUCACUUGAGACAGAGAACGAUGAGUACAGUGUCGUCUGUAAUUGGGGUUGUCCAGUACCAUGACGUAGAAAGCAUCAGGUCAUUCCUUUGACAGUCUUCGUCUGCAAGGCUGCAUCUCUGAGAUGUGGUCAUCUUGCAGAUUUCAUAGCUGUGCUGUGUCUCUGAAUUAGGGUGAACUGUAGGUGAAUUGAUGCAAAAAUACUCUGUAAUACUGCGAAGAAGAAAACCUUACGGAAAAUCAGAUACGCUAAGAUAAUGUACUCAUCUUGAACACCACAUCUGUGCAUUACAUACUAAAGGCUUACUCAAGACAAGGAAAUAACAAUGCAUUACAAAGAUAAUUUCAUCCCUGUGAUCCUCUGUACAUAGAAUCCAGCUCUCUGGCCCAACUCUGAACUGAAUGGCUGUGAUCCCUGUUAUGACUUGGGUGUUUGCUGCUCAGAUUUUUUUUCUUUUUUGUACAUACCCGAGAAUACGAGAAAGAAUCUUUGUUUAAGAAUACCUUUGUGGUGUAAGAAAGGAAAGCUAUUGCUCUUUUUUUUAAUGUAUGCCAUGCUUCUGUUACCCCUUAUUGUCGAGGUAUCCCACCUGUAACCAGUUGUAACCAGUUUUCUAAAGAAAAACAGGCUGCUCCAUUGUUAAAAUUCUCUCUUAUUUUGUUUAAAUGAAAGUUGAAGGAAUUUUUAUUUUGUUUUGGAUGGUGUAAGAAAAGUGUUGAAUAUUCAUUACUUUUUUUUAGGCGUUUUGAAUUAGGAUGUGAUAGCUAGCAAUUAGCUGUAUAUAUUCUUGUUACCUGUAUUGAAUGAUUCUCACGAAAUCAUGACGAAUAUUUUCAGACGAACAGAGGCAUACUUUUGUAAAUCUCCCUUUUACCUAUAUUGUACAAAGCAAAAGACGAUCACCUCAGGACUACGCCCGUAAAAACUGUGUAUCCUUCUGCUUCUCCGAUUGCUCAACUUGCAACCACAUGCAUCGCAUAUGCGGCUACUGCAUCUGCUGGAGUUGCGUCCUGAGGCAAGAUGGUUCCUAACUCCAGGGAACACAGAGGGUGCUGGUAUUGCAGGAGAACACUCGCGAGAGCUCUGGGGAAGUCUGCUUGUUCAUUACUGUGACUAGAUAUCGAAUUUUGUCAGCUCUCGUGGUAAAUAGCCGACAAGAUCGUGAAUGACAGACUCGGCCAGUAUUACCAAGUUGCCAGUAAUAAUUUGUGUAGUUUAUUAUUAUAUAUAUAUUAUAUAUAUAUAUAUAU